AUGAAGACGAUGAACAAAUUCCUGACUAGACUAAAUGCAAUACGAUUAACAAGAACACAACAAGUGCGGCACUGCACAGCUCCCUCAACGGCUCCAACUCCCGGACAUGUGCCUGUGCUCCUCCAGACAGCAAUUGAUUAUUUGCAGCCCAAGGCUGGUGGCAAAUACAUCGACAUGACCUUUGGCGCCGGCGGACACACGCGACGACUGCUUGACAGCUGCCCGGAGACAACAGUCUAUGCGCUGGAUCGUGAUCCUUUGGCUCAUGAGCUGGCCCAGCGUCUCAGCCAGGAGCCCGAGUAUGCGAGACGUUUGGUUCCGCUGCUGGGCAAGUUCUCGGAGCUGCCGCAGUUGCUGCAGGAGCAGCAGGUGUCGCGUCACAGCCUCGAUGGCAUGCUCUUCGAUUUCGGCUGCAGUUCCAUGCAAUUCGACGAAGCAGCUCGCGGAUUUUCUAUCUCCCACAAUGGCCCACUGGACAUGCGCAUGGACUGUGGACGCAGUGGCGGUGUGAGUGCUGCAGAUGUGUUGGCCCGUGCCGAGGAGGCAGAUCUUGCACGCAUCUUGCGGGUGUAUGGCGAGGAGAAGGCGGCCAAGAAGAUUGCACGCGCCAUUGUCGAGGCACGUGGUGCACUGCAGCGCAUCGAGACCACACGACAGCUGGCGGAACUUGUGGCUGUGGUGCUCAGUGAUGGACAGCGACUCGAUAAGCUACAGAGACCGGCACAUGUGGCGACCAAAACAUUUCAAGCGUUGCGCAUCUUUGUGAACAACGAGCUGAACGAGAUCAACUACGGCAUGCUGUUGGCCCAGGAAUAUCUGCGUGCCGAGGGACGAUUGGUGGCCAUCACUUUCCAUUCGCUGGAGGACACCAUAGUUAAGCGACACAUCAAUGGCAAUGUGAUCGAAGGCGUUGCCAAUCCGGUGCCUUUAAAGUAUAGCGGCUACGAUCUUACACAUGAUUCGGAGCUAUUGGAAUCGUUUGUGCAAACCAAUUGGCGUCAGUUGCAUCGUCAUGUGAUUCUGCCUGAUGCCACGGAAAUCGCUUCCAAUAGUCGCAGUCGAUCCGCCAAGCUACGUGCUGCCGUUAAAAUUAAAUAAAUUGCAAUAAUUCGUAUUUGUAUUGGUCGGGAAUGAAAAUAAAAUUACUAUGCGAUCACGUCAACUGACCAUUUA